UCCCUGUUCUGCCCUGCGUGGUAUUACAGUGAGCCUGUAUAUACGAAAGUUGCAUUUGCCAUUUAUUACUUAGCUAAUAAAAAAUACAUAGUAUAAAAUCGGUGACUCAUUGUUAUAUUUAUCCUGAUACCAGAUUUGAAUUUACGCAACUCUAACACAGCAUCAAUGGCAUUAGCGGAAUCUAAACCAAACCUCAGCCGUCUACAGGUGUCUGAGCUAGUGAAGAGGCUCUUUGACUUGACGCCGUCCCAGAUUCAUCCGCUGCCCAGCUAUGAUGACCAGAACUUCCACUUGGUGGUCAGUGAGGACAACGAGUACGUCCUGAAGGUAAUGAACUCGGAGGACAGUCAGAACCCCACUCUGCUGGAGCUGCAGACUCAUGCCAUGACCUUCCUGCAUGAGAAGGGGCUUCCUGCCCAGACCGUCCUCCCCACCACCUCAGGACAAGUCAUGAGCCUGGAGGACAUUGACUGCGGCUUUGGCAUGCAGAAGUACCUGGUGAGACUGCUGACCUAUUUACCGGGGACCACCAUCGCCAAAGUGCCCUGCUCUCCACAGAUCCUGUAUGAAGCUGGCAAAAUGGCCGCCAAGAUUGACACAGUCCUGCAGGAAAUGGAGCAUCCUCAACUCCAUGUACUACAGAGGGAGAAGUUCAUCUGGAGUCUGUCCAACAUCCCUCUGCUGGAGCCGUACCUCCAUCUAAUGGACGGUGAUCCUGUACAGCAGGUGGUCAAGUCAGUCAUCCAACUAUACAAGACUUGUGUUCAGCCCAAACUCGGCUCCUUCCGCAAGUGCAUCAACCAUGGUGACUUCAAUGACCACAACAUCUUGGUGCAACCAGACGAUUCAACCGCCUACAAAAUCUCUGGCAUCCUGGACUUUGGGGACAUGAGCAGCGGCUACUACGUGUUCGAGCUGGCUAUCACCAUCAUGUACAUGAUGAUCGAGAACCCCACACCGCUGGAUGUGGCAAGAGACGUGCUAGCCGGCUGGGAGAGUGUUAUUCCCCUCAACGAAGCUGAGAGGGACGCACUCUACCUGCUGGUGCUCUGUCGCUUCUGCCAGUCCCUGGUUAUUGCCCGCCACACUGUGGUGCAGCACCCGGAUAACAAAGAUUACCUCAUGAUCACCACCAAGACGGGCAUCAGCCAUCUUUGCCGACUUUGGGAACUGGGCAAGGAGGUGGUGGAGAGGUGGUGGUUUCAGAAUGCCGCCCAGUAUCCUGGCAUAGAGUGGCCCAAUGGUCUUCAAGCCCAAGAGGUUUAAGGGAAAUAGUCUCUCUUGAAGGAUAUUUCAGGGACCACUUUCUUUUCAUAGGCUGUGUCCUGAUUUAUUUUCCCUUCAGCCAGUGCUUUCACCAAUCCAAUGAUUUUGAAUCCAUGUGGUGUCUGCAGGUGCACCUUUUUUAAGUAUUAAAAGGUACACUCAGAAAUAUGAAAUCAUUAAAAAAGUGUGGCGUGCCUCAAGCUAAUAGUUGGUUGUCAUCCUGUUCUGCAUGAUAAUUUCAUAUUGCUCAGUCUACCCUUUUAGCAGACCGACCAUCUGAUAAAAGGUAAACCCAUUUAAACUUAUUGACUGGAUUCCAUCAGUCUGGCAGUGUGACCCGAGGAAAAUCUGACCCAAAUCCUGUUCUAAAACGGUUUUGAAUAUUGGUCAGUCUCAGAUUUGUCUGAACCCAUCCAGUUGAGAGAAGUAUAGAUUUGAUUUCCUCUGCUCUGUGAUAACUCUGUUUUACAUGCAUUAAGUCAUCUCUUAACACUCCCAAAGCUUUGAUUUAUGAAUUUAACCCCCCCUGCAUGGAAUUAGUGCUCUUUUCAAAACGGCAUGUUGACAUUGUCAUACUGUGGAUACUGUCUGUUGGGAUGAAGGCCAUAUGAUUAUUCAAAUGAGUAGGUCGGAUGAUUUGAGGUGCUUAUAUGCAUAUAGCAACAAGUUACUCUGAAUCAGCUGGUGCAGUGUCCACAAUCCACACUAUGUCCUGUGUCAAUUUUCAUCAUUCCAUUUUUAGGGCUCACUUCAAUUAGUGUAACUCACUUUACAAAAUAAGCAAUUCAGCAGCUAUGACCUACAUUUAACUGAAGUGCCUGUGUAAGGAGUCAUUGAUGUACCAUGAUCGUUUGUUAAAAUCAUAUUUUGUAAGAUUCAUCUAAUUCCGUUGCAUAAUAAACUUACAAAUCUGUGAAAUUAA